AGCUCCACCGUCAUCGUUUCGAUUUCAUUUCAGUAUUGUUUAUCCGUGAACGCUGACUGUGGAUGUCAGAUUAAUUGAGAACUUGAUUUUAAUAGCUGGCGGCGUCUUACAGUUGGUGAUAUUCAUCUGUUUGGAGUGAAUUUUGAUGGUGUAAUUUGUCGAUUGUGGUGUUUGGCUGGUCAUGUUUCUUUCACUCAUUAGUGGGGGCAGAGAGACCAUGUGGGAGUCACAUGCAUGCAGAAGAUGAGCAGUAAACAGAUGAUAGGAGCACAGUCAACCUCUGAAUGAAUUACACUAUGAACAUCACCACGCAGCCCCCUCAGACAAUCAACGGAGAUGUUGCUGUCACCUAUGUGCUGGUCCCAUUCUUCCUCAUCACAUUGAUUGGGAUAGUUGCUGCAGUGGUGAUGUACAUAAGAAGGAAACGAAGGAUUGACAGACUACGGCAUCAGUUGCUUCCAGUUUACACUUAUGACCCAGCUGAAGAGCUAAAUGAGGCGGAACAGGAGAUUCUUUGGAAGGAGGAAGACACAAAGGUGGUACAGGGCUGGAUGAGGUCUUAUCAACAGCGGCAGCCAUUGCUCUCAAAGGAUCAAGAAGCAUGAAAAUGGUUCACUGUAUCAUUUUUCAGUAGCAGAUUUUUCUUUGUGCAUGUUUUUGUGGUCCUGCUCUUGAGCCUUGUCAAGAACCAGAUCUUGCACAUAUUAAUUCAUGGCUUUGCAGAUUCAGAAGAUGGAGCAUUUUAAGCAAUAAACCACUGACUUUUAAAGCAGUUUAAAGGGAUGAGAAAAGCAUUUCAGAAAUCAUCAGGACGCUGAUGUUAGGAUACCUGGUAUCAGGUCUCUUUUGCAAAAGUGGUUAAAUGUAAGUUAACGAACUUGGCUCUCUGAACAACAAUCAGUUCCCGAAGACUCAUAAAGGAUUUUAAUCUUCCACUAUUCUGCAAAUGAAUUUAACUUAGUUUUAAGCCUAGACUUAUUUUUUCCCGGAAGGGGAUGGUUGGAGCAUUAUUUAUUUCUUAAAAGAUUUAUUUCCUUUUUGGAUGUCACUGGAUAAGCAUAACCCAGACAUAUUGGCAGGAAUGAUUAGGGAAAAAGAAAAUAUAUACUUGGUGUUAGAUAAUUAACAUAGGUAAGUAUGUUUAGAACAUUCUAUUUGUAAAUGAUCUAUUGUCAAUUAUCUUUCCCCUGAAUAAAAGACUGUUACUGUUGAGAAUUAAUUGGAUAUAAAAAGUAAGCAAUCUUUACCUUAAAGCGUAACUAAACCCAUGGUCAGAGCCUGACUCCACCCACUGGCAAUAUUUGAAAAAUGCAAGAAAAGUGGGCAGAUCCCAACGGAGAUAGAGGGGACGAACUAAGCUCGUAUCAACUGUGUGGUAAGAUCGUAACAAGGGCGUGGUGAGCUUUAACCUGCUUACGUCAUGAGGCAUUUUUUUGGACCCAACAUCCAAUAGGAAAAUUCAACUGCAGUAGCCACCGUUCAACCUGAAGAGGGCAGCACUCAGACGUUUUUACACCAUAUAUUGU